AUGGUGGUCGCAAUGGAAGCGUUCCUGAAGGCCGUCGAGGCGGGCCAAUGCGAGGUGGUGCGUGCGGCCCUCGAGCGGCGGGGCACCACCGCCAUCGAUCUGGACUUCCAGGAUCCGGCCCGGGACGGCAACACGGCCCUGCACCUGGCCGUGACGGCCAAGCGCAACAAGAUGCGCCUGAUCGAGCUGCUGCUGGCGGCGGGUGCCGACUGUGGGCUGCGGAACCACCAGGAGCGGACGGCGGCGGAGCAGGCGCUUGCCGCCGGCUGCCGGCACGUGGCCGAGGCGAUGGUGGGCCGCGAGCUGGACGGGCUGCCGGCCGACCGGGCCUUCCGGCGGCUGGUGGGUCGCGGCUCGGUCGAACUACUGCGGAUCUUCCUCGAGAAGCGCGCGUUCGACAUCCACACGAAGAUGAAACUGAUGACGCGCGCCCUGGACGAACUGUGGGCGGUAAGGGGCGUGGAGGUGAGCGAGCCGAUGCGCGCCUUCCUCGAGCACGAGCUGAUCGCGCACAGCUACGAUGCGGAGGGCGAGCGGAUCCCGACGGCGGCCGCGGAGGGCGAGACAGAGGCUGAUAGGCGCGUGGAGUUAGUGCGAAGCUAUACCAAAUACUUGAGCGAUCGGUACGACGCCGACAACCUGGCCGACCUGGACGAGGAGUUCGUGGUGCGGCUUCGGGCCAUGUGCGAGUGUCUGCAGGUGCUCGCCGGGGUUGGACUCCCCGACGAGGGUCUGAUCCCGGUGAAGGAGGCCGCCUACCUGGCGAGCCUGUUUCUGGGGAUCCUGGAGAAGCGGGCCGGCUUCGAGAUCUACAAACUGCUCCUGAACCGCCCGAUGAUCCUGCGCUAUCUGACGGCGGUCGGUGAGACACUGGCGAGGGUGCGCUCUCGGUCCACCGGGUGGAUGCCGCAACUCCUCGAGGAUCUGCACGAAUGCAUCGGAGAGCAGAAGCUGAUGCAGUACGUGUCCCUUAGGCGGCGCACCUGCCCCGAGCUACAACGGAUCGCCGAGGGAAAGCCGCACGACGAGGAGCGGAUACGAGAGGAGCUUGCGCGGCCCGACUUUGUGGCCCUCAACCUAUCCUGCGAUGUGACGGACUUCGUGGCCCAUCUGCGGCGGUCCGACCGCCGUCCGUUGACGAUGGGCCAACUUUGGCACCGACGACAUCCGAAGCUCCGCCUUUCGAAGCGACAGGUGGCGUACGUAGCGGCCAACCGCGAACUGCUGUCCGGUGCGGUGCGUCGCCAGGACCGGGUCACGUUCCGCAACCUCCGACGGACCUACGAGCAGGUCCGACAGCUGCACAGCGUGAAGCGAGCGGCACAUUACAUCGAGGGAGCGCUCGUCAUCGACCUGGACGAUCGUCCGACGGAAACACUCGGACUGUUGGCGAUCAAACGUGUCCUCCAGUUCCUUGCCAGCGACAGGAACCAUCGGCCACGGUUCAGUCAGCUACUGGACAGUCUGCUGGGACACCUCCUGGAGCCACUGGGGGGUCGUGAGGCAGCCAACGUGCGGGAAGCCUUCUCACCGAGCUGCUCGGCGGCCAAGUACUUGCCGGUGGGCGGUCGGAGACCACCACCACCCCUGCUGACGAUCGAACAGGCGCGAGGGAUCCAGACGCGGCUGCGGGCGGUGUACCGGUAUCUGCUGUACGUGAUGCACCUGCAGCUGAUCGGAGCGUUCAAGACGUUCCUCGGCACCGCGUACCGGUUGCGGACUGCGCCGCAGCUCCGCUCGUACGCCCGCUACGUCGGUGAGCACAACCUGCACACCCUGAGCGCCCUUCGCUUCGAGCAUGCGUUCCACGACGAGCCGGAGACGGGGCGGGUGGUGGGCGAGCUGAAGCGAGCGUACCGCGGCAUGGCCAACGAGCUGAAGCUGCUGUCGUUCGUCGAGAAGAACAUCCACUUCCGGUUCUACCACCUCCAGUACCACCAGACGCGGCUCCGCGUCACCCUGGCCCAGUUCGCCGUCGUGUACCGGGCGCUUCGGGCAAACGGGGACCUAGGCCGCAUCCGCCGACUGCUCCACUCGUACCUUACCCAGACCUACCACCGGUACGACAUUUCCCGGGCGAUCUCCAUCUCCGACGCGAACCUCGCCCUCAAGGAGCUGCUCCGGCCUUACGCCGGCGAGGCGAACGAGGACACGCGGCAAGUGGUGCGGAACCUGGAGCAGCUGCAGCGCCUCAUGAACCCGGACUGCCUGUUCGGGAUCCGGACCGGCGCCACCCGACCGGAACCGGCGGAGAGUGACCGCUACGAGCACCUGACCCGCCAGAUGCUGCAGGAGCGAGGCGCACCGCCACUCAGCGAGGAGGAUUUUGCGGAACUGCACUGCAAGCUCCACUCCGUGUACUGCGAGAACGUGUUCCGGGGCCUCCCGCAGCGCCACGCCACCAUCGAGGGGUUCUUCCGCGCUCGGGGCCUCCAACUGGCAGCCGGGGGCACCCGAGCCACCGAUGACGAGGAGCUCCUGCAGGAGGUGUUCGACGCAAAGGUCAACGACCUGGUGGAGCUGGUGGAGAAGACACUCGAGUGCGGGUCGCCCGAUGCACCCGGGUUCUCCGACGCGAUCCGUGCCCUUCCGGCGUUCGUGCAGUUCGCGUUCGAGUUUGCGCUCCACGAACUGCUCGAAAUCCUGGCGUCGGUCGGAGUGCUUCAUCCAUCGUUAGCGGCGUCGCCUAUUCUGAGUGGCUCUCGGCUAAGGACGUUCCUGGCCGGUGGUAGUGACUCGCUGGUGCUCGAAUUGCUCACACUCCCAUCGGCCGCGACCAUUUUCCUGAACGCGAUCGCCUUCCGGCGGCACUCCUUCCGCCUGUACCCGACCUCCGACGACGCGGGAGACGGUCCAACGAGUGCGACGUCAGAUUUCGAGCGGAACUACGCCGACCGGCUGCAGUGGCUGGCGGAGCAGCGGGCCCUGUUCGAUGCGGUCCACCGCCCGGACUGCGAUCUCGGGACGCUCCGGGAGGGCCUGAGGGGUGCGAGUGAAGUGCUCACCGGCCGACGGUUCGGCUCGUUGGCUGGCGGUGAGCCGUGUCAUUACGGGCUCGUCGACGCCGCGAUCGUCGGUGACUUCCGGGCGAUGAUCGAUCUGCUAACGGACCGCACUUCCACCUCUGGCCGCCAGCAACUUCUGGAGUAUCUCCUGCGGCGCACCACUCGGUCACACUUCGUCGCGACGCGCGUCGAUCGGUUGGCAGCCGGUGAACGACGUCUGUUGGCCCUGUACCUGGGGGCGCUAGCGGGUGACGUGGAGCUGUUCGCGGGGCUGCUGGUGCGGUACGGAGCGCACGGGGAGCUGCACCGGUUCGUACACUCGGAUGACCACGGGUUUGUGGAGCGGCUGUUGGGUGGCGGGCUGCCGACCGGGGACUUUGAUUGGGGCCGGACCGACCCUCGGACCGGCAUGACGGUGCUGCAGCAGGUGACGAACGCGGGCAACGUGGGUGCGGUGCGCGCGCUGGUGGGUCGGAUGUCCCGCCAGCAACUGGACUCGCUCUGCCACGCCCGCUACACCGCCCUGAAUCUGGCUGCCCGCCUCAACCUCACCGAGAUCGUAAGGAUCCUGGUGGAAGCUGGCGCCUGCGUGGGGUUGGCCGGUGACGACGAGCGACUUCCGGCGUCCUGGUUGAUCCAGUACGGAAAUGGGAGCGAGGUGGUCAGGAUGGCGCUGGACGGAGUGGAGCUUACGGCGCUCUCGAGUGAACUGUGCCUCCUGCACCGGGCCAUCGAGUACGACAACGGGGACGUGGUGCGGUACCUGCUGGAGGAGGCGGCCGUCGAUCCGGCGUGCGUCUACUCGAAUUGCGCCAACGUCCUGCACGUGGCGGCCGGGUUCGGGCGGGGCGACAUCCUGCGCUACCUCCUAGCCCAGCCCUCGCUCCGGAGGCUGGUGGAUUGCGGGAACCUGGUGAAGAACACGGCGCUUGCGGUGGCCUGCAAGGAGCGCCAGCUACGGGCGGCGCGCAUCCUGUUGGAGGAGGGCGGGGCGAGUACGGAACCGACGGGGGAGUACGGCCUCAAUCCGCUCGCUUUCGCGCUGCUCACGAACGGUGUGCGCUUGCUAAAGGUCCUGCUGCGGCAUGGGGCCACCUUCGCGAACCCACCCACCUCCGACACCCAGCCACUCAAUCUGGCCAUCCGGACGGGCAACGUGCGGUUGCUGGAGUUGUUGCUGCGCCACGGAGUGGACGUGAACGGAGCACCGCUUGCCUUCAUCAACGCGGUGACGGUUGGUUCGAGGGACAUUGUGCGGUUGCUGGUGGCGCGGGACGCGGUACACCUCAACCACCGGGACGAGUUUGGCCAGACUGCGCUGCACGUGUGUGCGGAGCGGGACGAACACGAGUUGGCCGAGGAGUUGCUGCGGCAUGCCCGGGGAGCGGCCAUCAACGCGAAGAAUCGCUUCGGGCAGACGCCGCUCCACGUGGCCGUACAGCGGGGUCACGUGAGGACGGUGAGGGUGUUGCUCCAGGAUCGGGGGUGCUCGGUGGACGAACUGGACUAUCACGGUGAGACGCCCCUCAUUCGGGCGGUCGUCAGCGAUAACCUGGCGUUGGUGCGGCUUUUGCUCGCGAGCGGCGCUAGUAUCGAGCGGCUCCGCAACAGUGACCCGCCCGUCCUGCUGUACCUGGUGCAGGAGAACCACGAGCGGAUCCUGGACUUCCUGCUCGAGCACUACGCCGGCCAGUUCGAUGCGAACGCGCAGGACGCGCACGGGAACACGCUCCUGUACGUGGCGACGCAGCACAACCAUAUCAACAUCGUGAAGCUGCUGGUGGACAAGUACGGGGCGCGCCGCAACCCGCAGAACCACAAGCGGGUCACGCCGCUCAUGAUUGCGCGGGCCCGCGCCUACGACGAGAUCUUCCACUUUCUCGAGGCGCGCCUCGUCGAGGAGUAA